ACACAGAACGAGUGCAUCAGCACAGUCCCUCUCAAACGCACCAGGCAGUAUCUCCAAAAAAUUGCGUAGCAAACAGAUAACCCCAAUGUCCUCCAAAGGCGAUUCAUCCAAGAAGUCGAGGGCGUGCGUAGGCGUCUACCGCGGCCACGAAGGCACAGUUUACACCCUCGACAUCCAAGGCCCACAAACCUUAACCAACCGGGCACAUUCUCGCGCACAUAAAACCGGAGCAAAGAAGAACCGGGUUGCGCCUGAUCCACAGGGCUCGAUGGAUACAGAUGAUUUGAAUGCCGCGCCGGGGAUUGUGCUGGUUUCUGGAUCCCAUGAUCAUACGGUGAUAUCGUGGACGGUGCGCACUGGGGCUCCGCAUGGUGGGAACCUGUCUACGCAGCUAAUCACAAAUGAAACCUACACCGGCCACACCGCCGCCGUGUACGCCCUCGAGCUCCUCCCCGGCGGCGCGCAGGCCCUUUCCGCUGGUGACAACUCGUUGCGGUUGUGGGACUUGCAGACAGGAGAAUGCAUCCGCACAUUCACCGGCCACGACAACCACGUCUCCUCCCUCCGAAUCCGGGGCAAGCGCGCGUUCAGUGGGUCGUGGGAUACGACUAUUCGGAGUUGGAAUGUUGAGACGGGAAAACCGAUGCAUAUCUUUAGGGGCCAUCGGAAUAUUGUGAAUGCGGUGGAUGUGACGGAUACGGAUGUUUUUAGUGGGAGUUGGGACACGACCGUCAUACAAUGGAGUCGGUCGACAGGCGAAGCCCUCAACGUCUACCGCGGCCACACAGACGGCGUGCAGUGCGUGCAGGUCGUGGGGGAGAAUAUGCUUGUCAGCGGGUCAAUGGAUAAGACAGUCCGUGUAUGGUCGCAGAAGACAGCAAAACCCCUCCGCAUCCUCACGGGCCACACCGGCGGGAUCGAAUGCCUGCACGCGACGGGCGGGGUCGUGUUUUCGGGGUCAUAUGAUAAAUCAGUGCGGUGUUUUGACAUCCAUACCGGGCAUUGCCUAGCGGUAUUCGAGGGGCAUACAGAUGGCGUCUACAGCGUCCGCUACUUCGACGGCGUGCUCUACAGCGGAUCAGGUGACAAGACGAUCCGGACGUGGGAUGCAAGGGGCCUUGUCCGCACGGGCGCGGUGCCGUGGUAUCGGAGGGUUCUUGGGUGUUGUGCGUAGCGUAGAGGCAAGGAUCCGAGUGGAGAGAUGGUGAGGGACGAGGGGUGGGGAGACUGGACGGUGGAUAUGUAGUGAAGGUGUCCCGUAGUGAUGCGUAAUGCGGUAGUUGGACCUGUAGAUUUCAUUUUCGG